UCGUGCUCCAUCUCCCUCUCCAUCUCCCCGUCUCAUGCUCCAUCUCCCUCUCCCUCUCUCGUUCUCCAUUCUCCCUCUCCCUAUCUCGUGCUCCAUCUCUCUCCGUCUCUUGCUCCAUCUCCCUCUCCGUCUCGUGCUACCUCUCCCUGUCGGCGCAUCGUCUCCAUUGCCACCAUCAUUGUCUCCAGAUCUGGUGCAACCAGCAGCUCCCGCCUUCACAUCUUCCCCGACAGAUUACAGGAGAAACAGUAGGAGAGAUUCCUUAACAAAAUUUCAGAUUUUUCAGCAACUGGCAAAUGAGAACUUAACUACUCCAGCUGCUCCUUCGUCAGUUAGAAUAACAGAAACCAGAGUGCACCUAUUGAAGAAAUUCACCUUGAAACAAGGUCAAGAGAUCCUUCAGCUGUUGCAAGAGCCUCGAUAUUGGCAUCUCUAUCAAAUCUUAGAAAAGAUUUGAAAGUUCUUCCCUCAGCACCCACCCCAAACAAUGAGGAUGUCCAACAAGAAUUGGAAAGGGCUUCCCUGCCUUCCGCACGUACAGCAUCAGACAGCUAUAUGAAAGCAUCACUCAAGGAAGACAGAUUGAUGCUUCAGAGAUGAUUCCAGUUUAGUGUCGUCCCUAGUGUGCAGAAUCAAGCAGCUUAUCGUAGAUUGGGCUGUCGAUCUUGACAUGCUAAAAGGGUGUAAUCUUCUUUUUCUUGAUGCAUAGUUGGUCCGCCUUCUCAGUGGCCCUUCUAUUUUGUCUGUUUUUUCCCUUUCUUUUGUUUCUUGUUUUUCUUUUCCCUGUUUUUCUCGUCUUUGUUUUAAUACAAUCCUCGUGAAUCUUUUAAAAAAAAAAAUUAUAAAUGUUUGUGUAAAUUCUCUAUCAUCUCCUAGCAUUCCUCUCCAAAUAUAUAAUUCUAUACUGAUUCAUUUGUUUUUUCUCCAUUUAGGAAACUUAAUGACAUACAAAUCAGCACAAAAUUCCAAUAUAUCUAGAACAUUGAAAACUACUAGAAUUUACACAUGGGUGUUUGAGUUGUCUAUGUCUAGCAAUGCAACUAUCAACUCUUGAAUGGAUAUCCAGAAUAAUGGCUAUCACUUGCAUGUGUUAGGACUCCUCUAUUGCUGUAGGUUCAAUUUCCUCAUUGUAUGUUAGUUUUGUUCUUUGUUGGUGAUGUGAGUGGUGGAUUGUUUCUUUUAUGUCUGUAGGUUUUGUGUCUUUGUUGCACAAGAAAUGAACUCACACUCAAACGUCAAUCCAUGUAAUCAAGGAGUAAGGGAGUCACAGUCACACGUUAAUCCAUAUGAUCAAGUGAUGGAUCUAGAGUCACAUGUCAAUCCUUCUAAUCAACAACUAAUGGACUUCCCUCAAUCAGAAGAAGUAGAAUCAACAGAUGAAGAAGUGAUUACAACUUUGCAUCCUAACCAAUUCAUCCCACAAGCACCUGAUGAAUUAAAAUGAAACUUGGGAAGGAAUUCAUUUCAAAGAAUGUUGCGCAUAGAUUAUAUAGUGCAUAUGCAAGAAUUUGUAGGUUUAGCAUACAAAAAAGUUAAUGUUGAAAGUCUCAAAAACUGGUGAACUGCUAAUGAGGAUUUUGAGAUGUUCGAAAGAAGAGAUACGUUGUAAGUGCAAUUUGGAAAGAACAUAUAUGAGGAAGAGACCAGGAAUGAUAACAAGAUGUGAAUGCCUAACAAAGAUAGUUGUCAAUAAAAGAAGAGUGUAGGUACAUAGGCUCUAAUCAAGUUUGUAGAAAAACAUAGUUACUAGUUAAUAACUUCAACAAAUCUCAUUGUCUAAGAUUGCAUAGAAUGCAUCAAAUUCUCAAUUGAAUGUGAUUGAAAAAAUGAAUGUUUAAUCCAAAUGGCAUUACUACCCAUUAUCGGCAAAAUGGCUUGAACUACACCCAUUGGGCUUUUUUGAAUGACUAGUAAUGCCAUCUGGACUGAAAAAGAGUUCCCUGUCCCAAUUCCAAGGCAAAUGGAUGAAAAUUUCAAAUCAUUUCAUCACCAAUUAUAUUGAUGACUUCAUGAUAUUUUCAGAAUCGGUGCAAGAGCAUCUCCAACAUUUAAAUGAAAUUUGGCAACUGGUCCAGAAUCAUCAGCACAUUGGGCCAGUUCCAACUCUUCCAUUUGUUCCUGAGUUGUGGUUACAUAAGCUACUUUUGGGGGUCAUUCACCAUCAAUGGCCAUUGUUGUUCUAGGCCUUCCUCUAUAGUGCUUUGUGCAUAUCAUACAAAAUGAUGGGUUUAGUAACAAAGCUUUUUUUAUAUGUUGCUUGCGGAUAAGACUUGCCAGCAUAUCACAUGUAUUUCUUUGUGAGAGCCAUCCAUCAGAUAGAUCCACCAAGCAUGUUUCUUGGCAUCACUAAACUGGUUGGCAUUCAUGUAUGGAGAAGAUGGACAGUUAAAAAAUGUCGAGCAGCGGUUCACCUAUCCCAUAUAUUUAGUUCAGCUGAGAGAUUUUGCAUUCUCAA